AUGACCGCAACACACGUAUUCGCAAGCGUAUUGCUCGAUUUCGACGGUACCAUCAUCAACUCGACGGAAGCCAUCGUUGCAAACUGGCAGAGAGUGGCUUCAGAGCUAGGCAUUGAUUAUAAGCUCAUUCUGGAGACUUCACAUGGAAGGCGAAGCAUUGAUGUCUUUAAGGAGCUUGAUCCUAGCAAGGCAAACUGGAACUACGUUAGCGCUAUGGAGGCUAAGAUCCCGCUUCUUGGAAGUAGCCCCGCCAUUGAAAUCCCCGGUGCUCGGUCUCUUCUGGAGUCUCUUGAAAAGGACCAUGUGCCCUACGCAAUUGUGACAUCAGGUACCAAGGCACUGCUGAACGGUUGGCUGAAAGUGCUCGGGUUACCACGUCCUCAAGAAGUAACAGUUGCCGAGGACGUGAAAGUCGGCAAACCGGAUCCGGAAGGCUAUCUCAAGGCCCGAUACAGAUUGUGUGAGAGGUCACAGGCAGAUCCAAGUAUGGACGUCUUGGUUAUGGAAGACGCUCCUGCUGGUGUGAAAGCGGGAAAAGCAGCUGGAUGCAAGGUCCUCGCUGUGACAACAACACACACAGUCAGUGAACUGAAGGCAGCUGGCGCAGACUGGGUGGUUCCAGACCACAGAUCGGUUGAAUUCAAGAAGAAAGAAGGUCUCCAGAGCGCAUUUGAAUUUACUUUCCACAACCUCUCAUAA